AUGGCGAUGGCCCUGACACGUCUUGCCGCCAACAUUGGCGGCCCUGGCGAGCGGCGGCGGUGUUUGUAUGCGACGGCAGUCAUGUCAGUUGUUUUGUAUGCCGCUCCGAUCUGGGCGCAAACUGUGGCAGGUGAUCGCAGGAUCCUGAGGGAUGUGCGUAGGCUGCAGCGGCAGCUCGCCCUCAGGAUCAUCCGUGGAUAUCGUACAAUUUCCCACGAGUCUGUGGCUGUCCUCUCGGGGAUGGUUCCAUUUGACAUAGUUGCAGAUCGACUGAGAAGGUCAUAUCUUCGGCGGCGGGUGAUUAUAGUUAGGAACGAGGGUAUUGCUCCUCGGGUGAGCUCAAUAUUGGCUGAGAUGGAGCGUCGCUGCUCUGUUUCGAGGUGGCGUGAGCGUCUGGUUGACUGUGGCAUUGCGAGCGUUGGUCGCGGCGCUGCGAACGUUAGCUGCGGCGCUGCGAGCGCCAGUGGCGGCGCUGCAUGCGUCCGUCACGGCGCUGAUGUGGUCGUUCUUUCCGUUUCUUCUUCCGUUCACUCUCUCUGA